AUGACUACCAGAAAUCAAAACCUGACCGAAUCUGGAAUUUCUUCCCAACUCGUGGGCUGGAAACCUGAGACAGCGGGUCGCGGCACACUGACACUGCUCACCAGUUGUCUGGCCACAAUAAUGCUCUGCACAUGGAUUGUAAUCCAUCCACGUAUCUGCAAACGCAAGAAACACCGUCUCUUACACAAACUGGUAUUAUGGUUGAAAACAAUUGUCGCACCCGAGUUCAUUGCCGUCGAGGCCGCCCAGGAAUGGACUCAAGCUCGGAGAGUGGCCAAGGAAGCUUCUGUGGCAACCAAUGGAGAACUCGAUUUGGUCCAGGCCUUCUACAUCGGCAUGUUUGGACUACAAUAUCGGACAUUGAGCGGGACAAAGAUCAUAUGGCCUAAUCAAUUUGUCUGGCUGAUGGAACAAGGACUGCUCAGCUGGAAGGACCACGAGCAGUGGGGACUAUCUGUUGAUGCUAUCAAAGACAAAGGCAAUUCGGACACGACUGCGAAACUCUUUGCUGCUUCCCAAGUUAUUUGGUUUGUGGCACAGUCGGUCAUGCGAGUCGUCCACGAUCUACCACUUUCACCACUGGAGGCAAUGACCUUAAGCUAUGUUCCACUCUUCGCUGUGGCAUACUUCUACUGGUGGACCAAGCCACGAGAUAUUGAGACGCCUUCAGAAAUCGACUUGCCUAAGAUGACACCAGAACAAGAUACCGUCUUCAAUUCUCUAGCGCUUGAUGACCAGUUUGACAGCGAAGGAACAGACGAGCAGGAAUCGAUCUGGAGCAUAUGGGCUCUGACACCUCGAUUGUUUGAAAAAGAAGCUUUGGACAGAGCCUAUGAGAAAAGGAAGCAAGAACAAUAUUCUCAGGAGCCGCGUAUGGACCAGAACAUCCUGCCGCUCUCUACUACGAAAUAUGCUUGUUUGGAACCCUCCGAUAUACACCAAGAGCAAGAAACUGUACUCGCUCAUUGGGAUCCCGAACUAUACCACUCAAGGUUCCUGUGGCCACUUUGUUGCCUCGCCGGCAUCUCCUUUCCAGCUCUACACCUGAUUUCAUGGAAUUCUGCUUUUCCGACGCUGAUCGAGACUUGGCUCUGGCGUACAGCAACAAUCGCUUCAAUGGUUUCUAUGCUGUUGUUCAUGCAAUUUGAGAGGCUUGUCGUUAGGUGGUGUGACCCAUGGACCAUUGUAAAGAUCCUCUUACCAUCCACGUAUAUGGUCGGAAGGAUGGUUUUGCUUGUAGGCACUUUUGCGGCCCUCAGAGCCACUGAUCCGGGUGUUUAUGACACAUAUCCUGCGUCGACAUACUGGCUUCAUAUUAUGUAG